AUGGAAGAAAAAACGGGUGGUGCUCAAGUUGUGAUGUCCCAACCAUCUUAUGUGCAGUCGCAAAACCCCAAUAAUACUACGAACGUAAUUGUGGUGGAACAAAAUGGAUUCUGGUCAACGGGACUGUUUGGCUGUUUCGGUGACCUCGGAAGUUGUUUGGCGGCUACCUUCUGCUUACCGUGCUACCGAUGUUACUUGGCAGAUAAAGUGGGUGAAAACAUGUGUAUGCCAUGCUGCGUUUGUCCACCCAAUGACUUAAUAGUAUUACGAAUGAAGAUAAGAACCAUGAAUAACAUACAGGGUGGUGCAAUCAGCGACUGUUGUGCAUCUUAUUGGUGUCCUUGUUGUGCUGCAACUCAGAUUUCACGGGAAUGGGACAGUGGUCAUUAG